AUGACAGUCUACCACAUUGUGCUUUUCAAGCUCAAGCCCGGAACUCCACAAGAGAAGGUGGAAGAGUUGAAGGCUGCCGGAAGUGCCAUGGUCGGCCAAGUCCCAGGUCUCCAGAGAAUUGACUUUGGUCCUCCGGUUCUGGCUACGCGUGCCCAUGGGUUUGACAUCGGAUUAGUGGCGAUAUUGGACAAGAAAGAGGAUAUAAAAGUCUAUGCCGAACACCCUGCCCAUCUCAAGGUACAUGCUCUUCGGGAGGCUGUCUGUGACGACACGCUGGCGUAUGAUCUGGAGUUCUGA